AUGUGGAAGAGAAUCGACCAUCAACUCAAGAUCAAAGUAGGGGAUGGGCCUCAGGCAGGCCAGUUCAAGGAAUUGUGUCCAGCUCAGGAACCCUCCGUGCCACACCCUUUAGUGCUGUCAGAAUUCCAGAGCUUCCCCGUGUUCGAGGACAUCAGCCAUCACAUCAAAGAGGUGGGGGCCCAGCUGGUAAAGAAAGUCAAUGCCGUCUUUCAGCUGGACAUCACCAAGAAUGGGAAGACCAUUCUGCAGUGGACCAUUGAUCUGAAGAAUGGCUCUGGGGACACAUAUCCUGGACCCGCCAGGUUUCCAGCAGACACUGUCUUCACAAUCCCUGAGCCUGUCUUUAUGGAGAUGGUUUUGGGCAAAAUAAACCCUCAGAAGGCUUUCCUUGCCGGCAAGUUCAAAGUGAGUGGCAAAGUUCUGCUUGGCCAGAAGCUGGAGAGGGUUUUCAAAGACUGGGCUAAGUAG